AUGCCUGCUCCGGGCGAUCAACACACGACCGUGACGAACCCUUUCGAGGAGCCGCGUCAGCGAGUUUCAGAAUGGGCCGCCAAGGACAUUGCUACUAUUGCUGCGAAGCUUGAUAAGCAGCUUGGUCCUGAAUACAUCUCUGCUCGUGCAGGUCCUGGUGGCACCAAGGUUCACUACCUCACCGCCGAGAAGUGCAUCACGUUGGCAAACGAGGUAUUUGGCUUCAACGGAUGGUCAUCCUCGAUCCAAAAUAUUCAGGUCGAUUUCGCCGACGAGAACCCCCAGACGCAGCGUGUCAGCAUCGGCUUGUCCGUCAUUGUGCGAGUUACUCUACGAGAUGGCACAUACCACGAAGACAUCGGGUACGGAUCGAUUGAGAAUGCAAAGGGAAAGGCGAUGGCCUUUGAAAAGGCUAAGAAGGAGGGUACAACCGAUGGACUGAAGCGCGCCCUGAGAAACUUUGGCAACGUCCUGGGCAACUGCAUCUACGACAAGGACUAUGUGAAGCAAGUCACAAAAGUGAAGGCUGAGCCGGUCAAGAAGUUUGACCAAGACAACCUUCAUCGUCACUCAGACUUUAUCAAGCGCGAUGCUCCAAAGAUCGAGCCCGUGGCACCUGCCCCCCCUGCGGCUCCUACGACGACAAUCGUCAAGACCGAGCCCGCGCUCCCCAUGUCGGAGUCAUUUGAUGAUUAUCUCGGAGAGCUCGACGAGGCCGACUUCUGCGUGCCAGAAGAUGGGCACCCGGACGAAAUCAUGUUGUCCACAACGAUCUUGGGCCAGGGUUCAACAUCGAACUCGACAUCGAACUCAGCGUCAAAUCCGACGUCAAACAAUGCGCCUCAACGAAUUCAGCAGCAACCUAACAGGUCGAUUUCUGCUGGACCUGCGAGCCGCCCACCGCAGACCCCGAACCAAGGGCACCAACGCCCUGACGCCUCGAACGGAGGUCCAGCCGGAUUUUCAAACCGUCCCCAGCCUGGAGUUAGCGGUCGAACAACUCCGAACCAGAACGGAAACCCUCGACCGCCACCCAACGCGCCUCAAAACAUCCCCGAAACUGUAGGGUUCUUUUCUGCCAAGGCCGUCAACCAGCUCCCCGAGUCUACGCUGCAAGGGUCGACUAAUGCUCGCCUUGCGGUACCACAUGGCCAACAAGCCUUCAACCCCAAAGCAGAAAGCCCGUCCAUCCGGAAGACUCCAGGUAUCGACCACAACUCAUCCAAGCCUGUCGGAAGGAACGGUCAGCACGUUCCCCCAUCUAGCAGCCAGGCGAGCCGUGCGCCCCAUUCCAACACGAGCAGCUUCACCCCUGUGCGCCCAUCCAUGCCGAGCUCUCAGAGCUCCCGGGGAAAUGUCGUGAACCCUUCGCUAGAUCAUACUCGACGAAUUGGUGCACCAGGUGGCUCGGGUAGUCCCUUGGCUAACCGAGGAUCGUACCGACCACCAACGAUAAAACGACCGGCGCCUGCUGACGGAAGACCUCCUUUGGCUGAUCUCCCUGCGAACGGCAGUGGAUCGGCAGGCGCUUCUACGGUGAAUGGUGUGGAUUCAAAGAGGCAGAAGAUGGCGUAG